UUCCCAAAAAUCACUUUGUUUUUUAGACGGUUACACUAGGUGUGAGGCGACCUUAAGGCGACAUCAAUAAUGGCGCCAAAUCAAUCUAUAUAGUCUUUUUUAAUAUUCAUCUUCACCGCUACGCGGCGUACACAUAUAGAAUUUUUCCGUUACUAAAAUUCUCGUCUUGAGUUACGAAGCCUAGAGAGUACUAGAAACAUCAGUGCACUAAUUGCCCUAUUUGUUUUAUAUGUUUAUUUAUAAAAUAACACGUAGUUAAAUCUGAACCUCUGAAGAUCACCGACGCUCUCGUAGAGAAUUAUCGUAUUCAGUAUUUUCUUAUUUUUAACAACACAAAUUCGAUGAAAACGCGUAUCUCGGACGUCUUCCUCGUAUAGAGCUCCGUUUCUUGAGUGUUCAAAUAAGACAAUACUUAUCUUAUAAUAUGUCCAACGAGUGUUAGUUGGUAUGAUGUGUUAACCUCUAAAAUAAACUGUGUUAUAUAUUUUUAUUAAACUAUAGUGUGCUGUAAUUAGUAAUUAAUAUUACUAUCAUUGAUAUCAUUUAAUGAGGAGAUUAAGGGGAGAGAAGAUAAAAUUUAAAUUAAAAAUAAAUUAUUUUCUUGUUAUUCUUAUAAAAUAUUAGUGUGACAUUUUAAGAAAAUAUGUCAGCAAAUUUUGAGAACUUAAUUCAAAGUAUUACUUGUUGUAACUUAUAAACGAGACUCCCUUCCUAUACUUUGCAUUCGUGUAUAGUAGAGCGGAGUCGAAUUUGACUACUUGUUUUUGAAUGUUCCCUUACUUUCCAAGCUUUCUAUUUUAAAAAAUUUGUGUGAGUAGAUAUUUUAAGAAGGUCCCAAAGGCGACGUUGCUGUUAGUUCUGUUCAAUUUACUUUUGGAGCUGUAUUCUAUACGGAACGAAAAUUUCUAAAACUAAUAAAUAUAAAGAUGAGUUCAGAUUCUAAGGGAAAUAUAAAACGAUCAACUCGGUUGCGUAAACGAAAAUUUUAUGGAAAUCAGCACACCACAAGCUGUGAUGAGUCCGACCAACCGAUUCUAAGAGCAAGAAAAUUUUUAAAUACUAAUAAUGAGGAUGAGGACGUCCAUUACAAUUCUUUUCAUGGUUAUCGGCUUAUCGAAUUUUUCACGGUAUUUACUGCAUUGUCAGAACUUGUUAUCUGUCGUAAUUGCAAACAGACAGUGAGAUUUGAUGAGGCUGGCAAUCGAGGCUUGGGUUUCAAGAUAGUUAUACUAUGCUCUUGUGGUCGUAGAGACAUCAACUCAGGACAACUUGUUCAUGGUGCAUUUGAAGUUAAUCGUAGGAUUGUACUUGUUAUGCGUCUUUUAGGCAUUGCCAGAGAGGGGAUCAAUUUAUUUUGUAAUUUUAUGGACAUAUGCGACGGCUUGAGCGAAUCUACCUAUCAUAAUGCUAUUACGCAUUUAUACAACGCUUCAAAAACAAUAUUUCAAUCUUGCUGUAAAAAAGCUGUGGAGAAAGAAAAAGAAAAAAAUGAAAAACAUAAUAGGCCGACAUCCCAUUUAAAAGUAUCGGGCGAUGGUUCAUGGAAAAAAAAGGACUUUAAAUCUUCAUAUAGUAUUACAACGCUCAUUGGAUGCUACUCUGGUAAAGUUAUAGAUUUAGUAAUAAAAAGUAGCCGCUGUCUAGAGUGUAAUUACUGGAAAAAUAAAGAAAAUACUGAAGAAUAUCGUGAGGGAUAUGAAAAACAUAUGUCAGUUUGUCGAUUGAAUGACCAGAUUGCAAUGGAAAUCGAAUCAAUUAAAGAGAUGUUUUUGAGAUCGGAAGAAUUGUUUGGUGUAAAAUAUAGUAAUUAUAUGGAAGAUGGAGACUCAAAAAUGUUUCAAGAAAUACUUGAUAUAAAUCCGUAUGGUGACAAUUUUCAAGUGAUACAAAGUGAGUUUCUUGGCUACGUACAAAAGAAAAAUGAGAAUUUCAACUGGACCGUUUGGUCUCUUGCUCCACAGCACAUACAAUCAGGGUUAAAAAUCAUUGAAAUUGCCGCUUAUAUAGCAACUGGAUUGUUCAAUGAAGGAUAUAAAUCUAUUUUACAAAUAAUGAACAAAAUAGAUAUAAUAAUUGGCAGACAGUGUAAAUCAUACGUAGACAAACUAGAACAACGGAGAGUGAUUAAAGAAUAUCGACGCAGCUUGGUAGUGGCUAAAGAAGACCGUCAAUUAAAUCAAUCACAUCAAGAGGAAGUUAUUGUGAAAAAUGAGUUCUUUGAAGAUACAGAAGGACUAUCAUAUGACACUGAAAUUGCUAACUAAUUGUUUCAGGAACGAGAAAAAGUCACAGGGAGCCAGAUCUGAGGACAAAGGGGGCUGUGGAAUCAUCCGGAAUCAAGCGACAAUGUGUGAGCAGGCGCGUUAGCAUUGUACAAAAAACGAAUAAUAGGCAAAAAUCGAAAACACGUCCAAGCAAAAUAGCUGUCUAAAAUUAAUUGAACAUUCAAAGUGACCGAACUUGUCAGCAUAAGUGAGGGAUAUGAGUACCAACAUAAUGCAACAAACAAAUUUUAAAUCGAAUAUACGUAACCCGCGGGAAUUCAAAAUUCGUGAUACUUUUUGAACAGAUCUCGUAAACAGGAUCAGAGUAUUUGGUUUUGUUUUUCAACACUGACAAGGAGAUAUUACGGUUGUACACAGAUGGAUUUUUAUGAGCCUUG